AUGGCCGAGAUCCCGGCGCGGGGCGAGCCGGGGCGAAGCGGCCAGCCGGCCCCGGGCGAAGCCCGGCCGAUCGCCGUGGCGAAGGCGCCGCAGGGAGAUCGCCCCGGGCCGGGCCCGGCACCGGCCGGCAGCCGGCCGCCCGGGGGCCGGAACGGGCCGCACAUUCUCCCGCGGCACCGGGCCCGGGAUUGGGACUGA